AUGCUUAGAGCAACUUCAAAAGAUGCGGAUAAAAAGGAACUUAGUCAACAUUACGGACUAACACUUGUGAAACAAAAGUCACUUCUCAGUUCCAAGCAUUUAUCCGCUUUGAAAGACUCAAAGGACAAGUCCGAUUUGGAUAUUUUACACUCUGACAAAGGAUUUGGGACUGUCCUGAUGGACCUCUCAGAUUACCAAAGAAAGGUGGAAUGCAUCUUCAAUGACCCUAGCAAGCUUUUGUGA